CACAACAGACUGGACUUCUCCUGCUGCUCUGCUCUGGAUUUAACAGACACGCAGGAAAAUCAAGAACAUUUGAAGCUAAAAAAUAAAGACUGUAGAAUAAUCUCAUCUGUGCUACAGAAAACCCAGAGGGUUGUGAUGUUGAUUUUGCAGGACUGUGAGAUCUCUAUUACGGCCCUGAAACAACUUUGGCCAAUCCUGCCUCAAGUCCAGCUGAGCUGUAGUAAAGCUCUGCUGCUGCAGUUUCUGGCUUGUAUUAGUAAAGAUGGAUCUCAGAGAAGUUCUUUGAGGAGGACUGAGGCUCUUUCACAGGCUUUGGGAGGAGAGAUGGACCUCAGUCACACUCAGAUGGACCAGAGCGCUUGUGAACAGCUGGUGCUGUUUCUGGAAUAUUCUGAAGGGCUAAAAGAACUGGAUCUCAGUCACUGUAAACUCACUGAUGACUGCAUGAAGCCGCUGCUGCCGCAUCUGCACAAAACUCAGACUUUGGACCUGAGUCACAAUAAUGUCACAGAUGAAUCAGCAGAGAAAAUCCACAGUGUCGUCUCCGCUCACAGCAAUAUUCAGACUAUACGACUGUUCAGAAACAAAGUCAGUGAUAGAAAGCAGUUCAUCGGAGACAAGCGAUUUGAAAUAUGGUGAAGAUCCUGGACUGUAACCUGAUGAUUCAUUAUUAAGAGGAUGUUAUGUAAAUGGCUCAAUUCAUGAUAAAACAAACUGACAAUCACUUUGCAAAGCACUAAACAUCUGGUAGUUUAUUUUUAUGGUUAGUUUUUAAAGGAGCUUUUUAUAUCUUUAAUGUAGUCUGGUUAAUUUGAAGCAGAAUGAUUUUAUUGGAAUGUUUAAAAUAUUGCAACUUUGUGGUUAUAAUGUAUAUAUUGCCUUAAUAUACAUAUCAGGCAAGAGUUAUUUUUUAUGAAUAAGUACUGGGUGUUUAUCUGUCUUAACUGGUGAGUCGCUGCUCACACCAAGUUUAAGAGACUGAUGUUGUUUCUCCGUGUUCUAGCCAGUUUAUUUGUCUUCCACAUGUAUUUUUUAUACAAGAGUCUGCUACAUGGAUAAAUGUAAAUAUGAUGUAAAUGAACUCCAAUACUCAGUCUGUUUUAAUACACAAGGAAGUUGUGUUUUGGUUAUCAUUCAGUAAAAUAUAACCUGAGCAAACAUGUUGUACGUACUUUGCACAUUUGUUUUAUAAUAUAUUUUAUCUUGAUAUCUCUAUGUAUAUUUGUUCAUUAUUAUUCAAUGUUCAUUUAGCCUACUUAAUAUGGUUCACUUUGUUACUCUUUAUCUAAUCUUGUGUUGUCUUCACAAAUAAAGAUAAGAAGA